GACUUGGCAUAAGCGAGAAUGUUCUGUCGUCUGGGGUGGAAAUAAACCUCCGAUACAUUCAAUUUCGAUUUACGAUUUUUUUUUUCGAAAACCAUUUUCGGGAGAUUGACACACUCCCAUUUUGGUUUUUUCUCCUGAAUUUGUUGAGGUGGUGGAACGGUAUGCCCCGAGGUCAGCCCCACAGGCCCAUUCUUCGAUCGUACAAACGCCAGAGGAUUAAGAGUAUCAUCCACAAGGAUAACUGGAAAUAGUGGAAACGACAACUUCCUUUUUCUUACUUGAGAAUUUUUUUUAUUUCGAUUUCUUCAUCAAGAGAAGAGGAAUAAAGAGAAAUUUCACUGGGGGGAAUAAGGAAGUUCGGCAGGUUUCAAGGAUUCUCUUUGGCAACUCAACGGCAGAAUGAAUCUGCCAUAAUUUUUGGAAAGAAAGGGCUCGUAUUUUUUCGAGAAAUACGGACAUUUUGGGAUUGGAUUGCAAAUGGGGAUUAUUAAAAAUCUUCUGUUUGGUAAAUACCUAAUCAUUACGAACACGUUGAGUUGCGGUGUGAUGAUGGGAGUGGGCGACGCAAUUCAACAAAAAUCAGACAUGUUGAAGCGAAAAUUCUUCGCCGGUUCAGUCGCACCUGAGGAUGACGAAUUACCGACGCAUUGUUCAAAUAAUUACGCAGAUGACGGAACACAAAGGGGUAUAAUUCUCGCCAACACAUCGGAGAGACAAAACCCUGAGGAUUCCCUCGAUCCAAUUAGAGUCAGAAACAUGUUUGCAGUUGGAACAGCCCAAGGCCCAUUCCACCACUAUUUCUACGCGAUUCUGGAUAAAAUCUUGCCUGGAAAGAACGCAGGCUCGAUCGUGAAGAAAACUGUUCUCGAUCAGACGAUCGCCAGCCCCACCUGUCUCGCCAUUUUCUUCUUUGGCCAUGGCGCGUUGGAGCGGAGGGACAAUGAAGAUAUGUUCGAGGAGAUUCGGGAGAAGUUCUUCAGUACUUACAAGGUCGAUUGUUGCUUCUGGCCUCCAACUCAGAUGAUCAACUUUCUUCUUGUACCUGUUCAGUACAGGGUUAUCUACGUUAAUGUCAUGAAUAUUGUUUAUGACAUGUUUUUGUCGUAUGCCAAAUACGACUCCGCAUAAUCUUGCUGUGGAGUAAUCGUCCGACCGAUGGAAAUAGAAUAGUUGUUGAUAAAAUAUAUCUAGUGAGUAGUUUUAGAAAUAGAUGUGAUAUGUGACUAGAAGAAAAACACUUUCGUAUUUUAAUAAAAUUGUUACAAAAUUAAA